ACCUCUCUGAAAUUAAAUUAUUUUUGGACACAAGUUUUCUCAAGGAUAUUGGAUGCAUUUGUCACCAGAUACCAUGAAUAUGGGAGAUGAUGGCUGUCUCUCGACGGACAACUACCACGAUCUGGGUAAAGGCGGAUCUGGAGUGGGCGGCCGGGUCCACAGUAUUGAUGUUAUUCUGGGCUUCAGUAAGGACCAGGAGUCUCUCCUCGAUCCGGUGGCGUCUGUCGGUGUGCACAAAGUGGAUGGAGUAGAGCUGGGGGAUCAAGAGAAACAAGUGACCUCUGACCCCUACAGUCACCUGCAGAGUCUCCCUGACAACACAGUAUAUCACGAUACAGGAUUUUUCUCCACGGACAAGUGUGAUGGAGAUUUUGGAGAUCCACAGAGCUCUGUGAAGAGUGACAGCCGUUCGCCGGAACCCCCUGAUGAGGAUCAACCUAAAAAGAAACACAGACGCAACAGAACCACAUUCACCACCUAUCAGCUUCACGAGCUUGAACGUGCCUUUGAGAAAUCUCAUUACCCUGAUGUUUACAGUCGAGAAGAACUGGCCAUGAAAGUCAAUCUUCCGGAAGUUCGAGUUCAGGUUUGGUUCCAGAACAGACGUGCAAAAUGGAGGAGACAGGAGAAAAUGGACACCAGCACCAUGAAGAUUCAUGACUCAGCAAUGUUGUCCUUUAAUCGGCCACCCAUGCCCUCAAAUGUGGGUUCUGUGAGUAAUUCCAUGGACCCUUGGCUGUCUUCCCCGCUGUCCAGCGCCAGCCCCAUGCACAGCAUCCCGGGCUUCAUGGGGCCGGGCCAAAGCCUCCAGCCUGCUUAUCCCAGUCACCCCGGGUUCCUGAACACCUCCCCGGUCAUGGUUCAGGGAAUGCAGCCCAUGCCGCCACCUCCUUACCAGUGCCCGCCUGCAUUUAAUGACAAGUACCCGCUGGACGACGUGGACCGCAGCUCUAGCAUUGCAGCUUUGAGGAUGAAAGCGAAAGAGCACAUUCAGUCCAUGGACAAAACCUGGCACCCCAUGUAAAUGGGAAAAUGGCGAACACUGUAAUGCUUUUUUAAUGCAUGUGAACGGACGAAAAUAGGUUUUUGAUAAGGGUUCAGCCAAAUUCCACAGAUACGAUACAUGGCAACACAUAAUGAAAGGUUGAGUCUGUUUUAACUUAAACUACAUGUGGACAAGAAAAAAGGCCUCAAAUGUCUCAGGAUAUUUAAUAUACAUAAACAUGCCUGGAAUUAUGGACAAACCUGAUUCGUUUCGUUAUCGUUGGCAACAAAGUAAAGUGCCAACGAUGGUUCAGGGUUCUGGAAUCCACUUCAAUGCAUAUCUGUGAAAGCAAGCUACAGCUGAUGAGCUUCUUAAGAUUGUAGUUUGGUGCCAAGCUUCUCACAGGGCUUAAUUUUCCAGGACAGAGCAGCUCAGGACAACUGAUACCUCAAUGUCUGUUUAGAGGUGAAGAUCAUGUUCUACCAGCUAGACAUGAGAAACAUUUGAAGGCGACUCUUUAAGUCAUAUUUUCAAAGAACUUGUACAGAAAAGACAUAGACGUCUCUAACUUGACAUAGUUGGAUUUUCAAGCCAUGGUCUGAAGAUCAUUUCUGUGUGUAAAUCACUAGCAGGUCAUGUAA